AUACGGAGAAUUCUCCAGUUCACGAGGAACAAAACGGCAGGCUCGUUCUGCAUCUCGUACUGAGUGCACCACCACUACCAGGGGCCGUUUGUACCGCAUCCACCACGCACUACUGAAACAAUGGCGAGCAGGAAGGGUAAGAAGAAGGAAGGGAGCAAGCGGCCCCAGCGUGCCUCGUCCAACGUCUUCGCCCAGUUCGAACAGUCGCAGGUUCAAGAGUUGAAGGAGGCCUUCACCAUGAUUGACCAGAACAGGGACGGUUUCCUGGACGUGCAGGACAUCAGUGACACGUGGGCUUCUCUAGGGAAGAAACCAGAGAAGGCAGAGGUGCAGAAGAUGUGUCAGGAGGCAGGGGGCGCCAUUAACUUCACCAUGUUCCUGACGCUGUUUGGGGCCAAGAUGGGAGGAACUGACCCAGAAGAUGUCAUCAUGGGUGCUUGGAAGCAGUUUGACCCUCAAGGAACUGGAAUUCUUCAUAAGGAUCAAGUAAAGCACAUCUUGAAGGGAGGUGGGGAGAGAUUCAAUGAUGAAGAGCUGAACCAGAUGUUUGAGGGUGUUGAGAGCUGCUUGAAUGAGAAAGGAGAGUUUGAUUACCAGGCGUUCACCCGCAUUGUCAAGAGAGGUGAAGAGGAAGAAGAAUAAACUGAGCCGCUUCUACUGUAAUGUGCAAAUUAUCUGCUGUUAUUUCACUAUUUUGUUCAUAGUUUCACAGUGGUUCUUAUAAAGACGUCCCCACUUGUUGAUGGUUCAUACAUAUACUAGUAGUGCAUAACAAACAGUGUACCUGCAUAUGUAUAAAAUUUUUGUCAACUGCAUUGAUGAGUUAAAUGAUAUAACUUAAAUUACAGUGUCAAAGGCUUGUCGAAAAUCAUUUGUCACACAGAUUUUUUUGCAAUAAGGUGUUUGUAUUGGAUUUCAUUAAUGAGAAAUAAAUAUGACAGAAAUAAUCUACAUUGUACAGCUGGACUGUUGUGUCGAUUAUUGUUUCUACUUGGGCAGUUCAGAAUGAUGGAAAGGCCAUUACAUUUGUCCAUUGUUAGCAUCAAAAUGCCAUGAAAUGAUGAACAAAAUGUAAGGAAAAAUCUUCCUUUAGGUUUCUGUCAUGAGGUGUUCAAGUACAGAAUCCCUCAUAUAUGACCAGAAAUGCCC